AUGCCACGCCCGUCUGGGCGGAUCUCGGGCGACGAUGCCACGGUCGCCGCAGGCCCCGAUGGUCCCGACGGCGGCAGCGGCGCCGGCGGGAGCUCGGAGGGCUCGGUGGCAUCAGGACGGGACGCCCCCGCGCUUGCGCAGGGCCCAGAGGCGCCCUUCGACCCAGAGGAGCUGCCCGCGGCGGCGGUACAGCUCGCCCAGGCGUCCCCGAACAGCCUGACGUACCGCGCGAUGGUCGAGCCAGCGCGCAAGGCCUCCGCCGACUCCUGGGACAAGCCCGAGGAGGCGCCCGAUGAAGGCUCCCGCGCGGAGGCCGCCGGCGGCGCGGCGGACUUCGGCCGUGCCGAGUUCGCGUCGCCGCGGGGCCCAGCGGAGGAGCUCACGCCGCGGGGGGUGACGAGGGCCUGCCUCCCAGUCAUGGGAGUGGGCGCGGACGAGGACGACGAGGGCGAGUGCCCGUCUCCCAGCCACGAGUGGCACUUCAGGCUCGCCUGCUUCUCCAACGCCGUCUCCGCGUGCGUCUGCACCCAGGACGGGACGUACCUGGUCUGCGGCACGGGGUCGGGCAACGUGAAGGUCUGGGACACGUGCACCUGGGCGGAGGCCGCCAGGCUGAAGGGAUUCCGCAGCCAGGAACCCCUGACGCUGACGUUCUCGCCGGCGCAGCGCUGGCUGGUGUGCGCCUACACGGAGGCCCUCUACAUCUUCGAGUGUGGGGGAGACUGGCGACUGCACCAUCUGCCGUGUGCUGCCAGCCCUGACGAGCGAUCUCGCCAAGUCGGUGGCGAAGUGGACGUGCGUGGCGUUUUCUCAACACCAGGAGGUGAACCACGCCGCAGGCGCUACGGGCGACGACACGCACUUGGCCGCUCUGAGCGCCACCUCCCUGCGUGUACUGGACUACUCUGGCGGCUGGAAGAUUAG